AUGUUUAGACCUGAGAUAUAUCCAAAUCAGCGAACUAGACACUGGCCUCAACAUUUUAAUCCACGAGGACAGUUUUUACGACGUAAUGCUGUUGUUAAUCGCUUUUGGCCUCCAGUGUCGUCAAACCCACAAAUUAAUUACCAGUUUUGGUGUGAAACUUGUGAUAAAGGUUUCCAAACAUUGCAACUAUUAAAUAACCACAAAUUACAACAUGAGAAAUGCAACAUUGAUGGCUGUCAAUUUGUUGCUCACCCCAAAAUUAUCACAAAACAUAUUCAAAUGCAACAUUCGACAGGAUUGUAUGAAAAAAUUGCAAAGUUAAAUAACCCCGAAGAGAUUCAAAAAUGGAGAGAAGAGAGAAAACGAAAGUAUCCAACAAAACAAAAUCAAGAAAAAAAGGCAGCAGAGAUCAAAGAAAAGGUAGAAAGAGGUGAAAAAAUGGGAUUAAUGAAAUUAAGAGAAAUUAAUAAACAACAGAAAUCAGAUGUAUAUAAUAAAGGAAAAAGUAAUUAUCGCAACAACAAAAUUCGCCCUAGACAAAAUAAUAAAUUUAAAAAUGAACAAAGCCAUAAACCACUUUCAAAACGGGUGUGUAAAGUUAUGCCGUUAAUAACCGAAAAAUGUAAGCUUCAACCAUUUACUGGAAUACAACAGAUAGUUAUGGAUGAAAUCAUUAAUAUAGAAGAUGAUGAAUUACAACAAGACUUGUUAAUUGAAGAUGAUGAACUAACAAAUAAUGCUUCAGAUUUUACAUCCCAGGUGGAGCCCUUAGUAUGUGGCGCUCUGUCCUCCCUAAUGUGCAAUUAUGGAUCAUCUGAUGAGGAAGUUACUCAAGAUCAUAACAUUAUUCACAAAAAAUCUACUGAUGAUUCCAUUAACUCAAAACAACUUUACAAUGAACAUGAAAAAUCUCAGGAAAAAAUUAAUGACAAACCACUGUUGUUAAACAGUACUGAUAAUAAAAGUGAUAAUGAUAGUGGACCUGAAGAAAUUGUUAUUAAGAAAACAGCUACUGAAGAAAAUAAUAUUGAAGAAGAGGGAAGUAAACACGUUAAAUUAAAAACUACAGACAAAAGGGUCAUAAACAAUCGCUCUAAUAUAAAAGUCAUUAGAAAACCAAAAUAUCAUUUACCUUCCACUUUGCUUGUAAAAUUAUUAAGUAGGGAAAUUGAACAAGAACGAAACAUAAUUCUACAAUGUAUUCGAUAUGUUGUGAAAAAUAACUUUUUUGAUAAUUUAUAA